GAAGACUCUGUGAAGUGGAUAAAAAAUAAUUGCAGCUUCAAUCUGUGACGUUGCUGAAGUGCAGCCCAAUUUUUUGAUCACACCAGCCCGCCCUUUGCGAACGAACUCAACUCGAAAAACCUUCCUUCUCAUUCCUUUUCAUCAUGGAAGCCCCAGCCGAUGAACAACUUUAUCCAAUCGCAGUGCUGGUUGACGAGUUAAAACAUGAAGAUACUACCCUCAGAUUAAACGCCAUUCGACGCCUUAGUACCAUUGCCUGUGCGCUUGGUCCCCAGCGAACGCGAGACGAGCUUGUCCCUUUCCUUGAUGAAUCAACUGACGACGAAGACGAGGUGUUGCUGGCUUUAGCUGAAGAACUAGGCAACUUUUCAAGCUGUGUGGGUGGAAACGAGUAUGCGCAUGUUUUGCUGCGGCCACUGGAAACCCUUGCUGCUGUAGAGGAGACCGUUGUUCGCGAUAUGGCGGUUGAAUCUUUGUGCAAAACAGCAGAACUUCUCAACGAACAGCAAAUGGAAGAUCAUUUCGUCCCUCUGGUCAAAAGACUAAGCUCUGGCGACUGGUUCACCAGUAGAACCAGCGCAGCUGGUCUAUUUGCAGCUGGCCACACCAAGCUUUCACCUGCAACAGUAGAUGACAUGAGAAAACUGUUCGCUCGAUUGGCACAUGAUGAUACACCUAUGGUGCGAAGAGCUGCUGCAAAGUCUCUUCCUAAACUGGCCAAUGUUCUCAGCAAAGAACAGCUUUUAUCCGACCUUAUCCCCCUAAUUGAUUCUUUGUCACGAGAUGAACAAGAUUCUGUUCGAUUACUUGUAGUAGAGGCGGUCAUAUCCAUUGCCGAGAAGCUUGAUCCAGAAGAGACAAAAAUACACCUACUCCCCAUUCUCAAGAAUAUGAUCAGUGAUCGUAGCUGGCGAGUGAGAUAUAUGAUUGCUGAGAAAUAUGUAACAUUAUCAAAGGCCGUUGGCGACGAGAUUGUCAAAUCCGACCUCAUCACCAGUUUUGUACAAAUCUUAAAGGACAACGAAGCCGAAGUGCGGACCGCAGCAUGCAGCCAGUUACCUGGAUUUGCAGGUUUGGUUGACAGAGAGGUGGUUCUAGGAACAUUUGUUGCCUGCACUAAGGAUCUCAUCACCGACACUGCUCAACAAGUCCGUGCUAUGCUCGCCACCCAUAUCAGUGGUCUUGCCCCCAUUCUAGGAAAAGAACAAACUCUGGAAAAUUUGCAACCCCUUUUCUUACAGCUUUUGAAAGACGAAUCGUCCGAUGUGCGACUUAAUAUAAUUCGUCAACUAGAACAAGUUAAUAAUGUCAUUGGAAUUGAAAUGCUCUCGCAAUCCAUUCUUCCUGCUGUUGUGGAGCUGGCAGAAGACAAGCAGUGGAGAGUACGUUUGGCCAUCAUCGAGUACAUUCCAACCUUGGCACGACAGCUUGGACCAGAUAUGUUUGACAAGCAGUUAGGCACCAUGUGCAUGUCAUGGUUAGCCGAUCCCGUGUUCUCUAUCCGUGAGGCUGCCAUUGUUAAUCUUAAACAGCUCAUUGAAGUGUUUGGUUCCGAGUGGGCUACUGCCACUGUUAUACCUCAGAUAGCAAGGAUGGCUGCUGAUACAAACUACUUGCACCGAAUGACCACCCUCUUUGCCAUUGCUACCAUCGCUCCUACGCUGGAUUGCAAGUUAUUGGAUGAAAGCGUCUUACCCAUAGUACUUUCCCUCGCUGAUGAUCCAAUACCUAACAUUCGAUUCAAUGUUGCCAAGACUUUGGAAGCCCUGGUUCCCUUGCUCAAGCAGUCUGAUGAUACGGCCGAGCAUGUCGACAACAAAAUAACUCCAGUUCUCAAUAAACUCGGGGAUGAUACGGAUAGUGAUGUCAGGUACUUUACUCAUAAGGCUCUCCUAACAGGUAAGCAAUGAGGCGAAGGACCACGCAAUAACGUUGAUUGACUUUAUGGCUGACUCAACCUAUCCAUAGUUCAAUAGAUUUUUUGUUUUCUCUCUUUCACUAUUCAUAUUUUCUCUCCGUUUCUUUCUUUUUUUGUCUCGCUUCCGCACCUCAACUUACAGUAUUACAUUACCAAAUAAAACCCGUCAAAGCGAAGCGUAUUGUUUACCAUCUUCUCUAUGGGCC